CGCAAGAGGCGGUAGGGGCAGCAGUGAGGGCUGCUGCUGCUGGAGUAUGUGUCCAGACAACUGAGCAUAUCGGGAAUAUUUCACCUUCAGACAUGGACUGACGCCGUGGAGCCCGCGGAGAUCUGUUUGAGCAGGGAGCUGCCUCAGGCCUACCUGCCCCACAGGAGUGUACGCGUGGUGGUGUGUGUGGCUCCAUCACUCAGUACUGCUUCUCUGACCUGAAAACACACACUUUGGCAGGAUGUCUGCGAGGGAGCGACAGCGGCCGUGGUCCGUGUACAGGGCCAGCACACUGGACAUCUCCUCUGAGAUGCUUGGCCUGGCUCUGGCAGGGAACAGUCAGGACCCGGACGAGCCUGUGCUGGAGUUCAGUCUCGCCUGCAGUGAGCUGACUACUCCGAAUUUGGACCGCAAGCCCAACAGUUUUGUGUCCGUGAGCUGUACCACGCCACCUCAAGCCUUCUGGACCAAACAUGCACAAACAGAAAUCAUUGAGGGCACAGCAAAUCCCAUGUUCCUCAGCAGCGUGGCCUUCUUCCAGGACUCUUUCAUCAACCAGCAGACACAGAUCAAACUCUCUGUGUACGACGUAAAGGACCGCUCCCAGGGAACGAUGUAUUUAUUAGGCUCAAUAAUGUUCCCGGUAAAAGAACUACUGCAGGACAAGAACCACACGCUACACCUGCCGCUCAGCUCAGCGGAGAACAAGCAGGUGGGGAAUAUUACAGUCAUCGCCUGGCAGCUGGAGGAGAAGAGGGACCAGCGGGUGCCGGUCGCCCGUUUACCGGACACCAUCAAUGGCAGGACAGUCCUUGCUGUAGAUGAAAGUCUGACAGAAUCAAUGGGAAUUCGAGCCAAAUAUGCAUCCUUAAGUAAAGACACACUUCUGCGAUCAGUGUUCGGGGGAACCAUGUCGCGCAUGUAUAGGUUCCCCACCACUGACGGGAAUCACCUGCGCAUUCUGGAGCAGAUGGCCGAGAGUGUGCUGUCCCUCAAUGUUCCACGGCAGUUUGUCAAACUGCUGCUAGAGGAAGACGCUGCCAGGGUGUGUGAGCUGGAGGAGUUGGGGGAGUUGUCUCCGUGCUGGGAGAAUCUGCGGCGGCAGAUCGUAACACAAUACCAGAGCGUUAUUCUCACCUAUCAGGAGACACUCAGAGACCUGCAGGACUAUAAAGGACCUUCGUUUAAAGCCAGUAACCUGAAGGCAGACAAGAAGUUGGAGUUCAUGCCCACAAACCUGCAUGUUCAGAGGAUGAGAGUGCAGGACGACACCGGCUUUGAUCACACUUAUGAUGUAGUUACGAUCGGCGCUCCAGCUGCCCACUGUCAGGGGUUUAAGAACAGCGGCCUGCGCAAACUCAUCCAGAAAUUCGAGGAGGCGAAGAAACACAUUUAUGAGGAGGAAUGCAGUGCUCUGACCAGCUCCCAGUCCAUUGUCUACAUGCCUCAGGACAUCGUCCGUGCCAAAGAGAUCAUCUCGCACAUCAACACUCUGAAGACUCAGGUCAGCUAUUACGCUGAGCGCCUGUCACGGGCCGCUAAGGAACGCUCUGCCAAUGGCCUGGAGAGAACCCUCACCAUAUUAGCAGACAAGACACGGCAGCUGGUGACUGUAUGUGACUGUAAGCUGCUGGCCUCCGCUGUGCAGGCCCUGAACGCCGCCCGGCCUGAGUACAUCGCGUCCAAGAACUCGCCGUCAGCCGAUUUGGAGCACGUGGUACUGAGGAAUGACCAGGACACUCUGCUGGCCAAGUGGAGCGGCCGCAACAGUCGCUCAUCACUACAUGUGGACUGGCAUGAAGAGGAGUGGGAGAAGGUGUGGGUGAAUGUGGAUAAGAGUCUGGAGUGCAUCAUUCAGCGGGUGGACAAGCUCCUGCAGAGAGAGCGGCUCCGCAGCAGCAGCACUGAGGACAUGUUCCAGAAUGACCAGCAGGGCGGCGCUCCAAAGAAAGGUAACCAGAAGAACGGAGCAGCGUUCUGGAUCAAUCCCAUCUGCAUGGACGAGUGUCCCACUCCCGCCUCACCGGAACAGCCUACACCCUCACCACCAUCAUCAUCCUCUUCACCAGCAUCGUCAUCAACCUCACUGCCUGCUCUGAACCCUGCAUGCCACCCUAAUGCAGACAGACAACCCUAUGGCAGUAGCAGCAGAGAGGAGAGUUACCCAGGUGAGUGGAGUGAGGCUCUGUAUCCGCUGUUGACAACGCUGACGGAGUGUGUGGCGAUGAUGAGCGAUAAGGCCAAGAAGUCGAUGGUGUUUCUGCUGAUGCAGGACCGAGCGCCCACCAUCGCCAUGGACCUCAGUCUGCAGUACCGCCGAGACGUGGUCUUCUGCCAGACACUGACUGCUCUUAUUUGUGGCUUUAUUAUUAAACUGAGGAACUGUCUCCGUGACGACGGCUUCCUGAGGCAACUAUACACCAUCGGACUGCUUGCUCAGUUUGAGAGUCUGCUGAGUACCUACGGAGAAGAGCUGGCUAUGCUCGAGGACAUGAGCGUGGGGAUAAUGGACUUGAGGAACGUGACGUUUAAAGUGACUCAGGCCAUCUCUACCUCCUCGCCGGACAUGCUGCCCGUCAUCACCGGAAACCGGGAUGGCUUUAACGUUCGCAUCCCUUUACCUGGGAGCAUGUUCGAUGCGUUGCCACGGGAGAUCCAGAAUGGGAUGCUGCUGCGCGUGCAACCCGUCCUCUUCAACGUCGGCAUCAAUGAACAGCAGACACUCGCGGAGAAGUUUGGAGACACGUCUCUGCAGGAGCUCAUUAACAUUGAGAGUCUGGCUCGUCUGAAUUCAUACUAUGAGCAGUUCAAGGAGGUUUUACCAGAGGACUGUCUCCCUCGUUCUCGUAGUCAGACAUGCCUCCCUGAGCUCUUGCGGUUCCUCGGCCAGAAUGUUCAUGCCAGGAAAAACAAGAACGUUGACAUCUUAUGGCAGGCUGCAGAGAUCUGUCGGCGGCUGAACGGAGUUCGCUUCACCAGCUGUAAGAGUGCGAAGGACCGCACGGCCAUGUCGGUCACGCUGGAGCAGUGUCUGAUCCUGCAGCACGAGCACGGCAUGGCCCCGCAGGUCUUCACUCAGGCCCUGGACUGCAUGCGCAGUGAGGGAUGCCGCCGCGAGAACACUGUGAAGAACGUGGGAUGUCGCAAGUAUGCCUUCAACUAUCUGCAGCUGAAAGCCUUCCCUAAACAUUACCGCCCCCCAGACGGAACCUUCGGAAAGGUGGAGUCGUGAGCAGGCAGACCGGCAGGCUUUAGGCUAAACGCAGUAAGCCAGGCUCGAGUGGCUAUGUGCACCACAGAAACAUCACUGUGUAGCUGCUGUGUACAAUAUGCUGUAGUCAAUCAGGACCUCACUCUGAUUGUAGACCUCAUACUAUGUCUCAUGUUUCCAACUAGCCUCUAAGUGAAUGCAGAUUAACCAAUCACACAAUCCUAAUGGCUUGUAGACAUUCCCUGACUGAAUGUCACAAACUGGAUAUUAUCUUAUAUUUGAACAUAUGUUCACUUCUUCCGUUAUGAAGCUCAGCUAAUGUACAGUUCCAGUCAAAGGUUUAGACAUGUUGCUUAGUUAGAGUUUACUGUCAAGCUAGUUAAAACUGCUAUUGUCAUUAAACUAGGUAGAUCAGCUUGGAUCAUUUUUUUUAUUAUUUCUUGCGUGCCGGGAACUGACUUACUGGUCUUAUUUCAAAGUUCACGGUUGACUGAAUAACAUCAGAUAGUGGAGCUUUGUUUAACGUAAUCUGCUGUGUAAUUUAUCAUAUAAAGUUAUAUCAACUGAUAUUAUCUGAAUUUCUAGCUCCUUGCAUAUUGAUAUCAGGCCUUACACUUUUUUUCUUCAUUGUACACUUUCAGAUGUUUGAUUUCUUCACUAUUAUUCUCAAUACGGAAAUAACUAGUGCCUGACCGGUAUAUUAUAGAGGGUGAUUCAAAAAGAUUCAUCUGAUUUUGAAGCACCAUAAUUUUACAACCGUGAGGCGCCGAGGAACCAAUCACAAUCCAACUGUAAGAGGGGGUCAUAGAGUUUCUGACU